CGGCAAGAUGGCGGCCGUGCCUGGUGGUCUGGGCGGGAUGUGGGUCCCUGAGCCUCCCGCUGGGCCCAGCGACCCGCUGCAGGCGGAGAGGGAGCGGAUCCGCCGGGAGAUCCUGGAGCUGGAGCAGCGCCUGGGGGUGGCGCCGGGCACCGAGCUGUACAGCGGCGGCGGCGAGAGUGACGAUGAGCCAGAUGCUGAAGGCGAAGGGAUUUCUUUGGCUUUUGCCAGAGACCAAGUGCCUCAGCUUGCAGACAGUGGUAUGGAUGAUGAUGGAGAUGAGCUUCCUGAGGACCCUGAGACCUGCCUGCAGAUGAACCUGGUGUAUCAGGAAGUGAUUGUGGAGAAGCUGCAGGACCUUGAGCUGCUGCUCGCCCACAAUAAGGAGCAACAGUCUGAAAUCAUGUCUGACCUGGCUGGACAUGGGGUGGAGAAAGCAAAGUCAACAAAAAAUCCAUUUCCCACUUUGUACCUGGGACACUUCCUGAAACCAUAUUUCAAGGAUAAAGUCACUGGCCUGGGCCCACCAGCAAACCAGGACACAAAGGAAAAGGCUACACAAGGCAUCAAAUCCUUUGAUGAAUUUUUAAUUACAAGCUGGAAACAGAAAGAAAAGGAAAAGUUAAGGCUCUCAAUCGCAAGUGACGCGAUGCAGAGGCUGCUGCAGCCCAAACUCUUAAGGCUUGAAUAUCUAAACAAGAAGAUGGAACUGUCCCGCGAUGAAACGGAAAAAGAGAUGUUGAUGAAACAAAUCGGAGAGACCAAUCGAGAAAUGGACAGCAUCAACCAGAUGACGCAGCGCCAGUUGUUGGGAAAUAGGUUUGAUGACCACGACUGGAUCAAGAUUGCCAAUAUUGAUUUUGAUGGCACUCGCAGGUCUGAAGAUAUUAAAAACCUCUGGCAGAAUUCUGAACAUCCAAGUAUUAGCCAAGCAGAGUGGAGCAAGGAAGAGGUGCAGAGCCUGAUUGAGAUUGCAGAGAAGCACGGCUGUGUGGACUGGGAGUGCAUCGCAAGUGAGCUGCAGACGAGCCGUACAGCUUUUAUGUGCCUUCAGAAAUACCAGGAGUUUAACAAGGAGCUGAGGAAAAAAGAAUGGACUGAGGAAGAAGACCAGAUGCUGACUGAGCUAGUGCAGAAGAUGAGAGUAGGAAACUUCAUUCCAUACACCAAGAUUGCAUAUUUCAUGGAGGGUCGGAAUAGCAGCCAGCUGCUCUACCGCUGGUCCAAAUCUCUGGAUCCCACAGUGAAGAGGGGGCCAUGGACACAAGCCGAAGAUGAGCUACUCCUGAAGGCAGUGGCGAAAUAUGGAACCCGGGAAUGGUUCAAGAUCCAGGAAGAGGUCCCUGGGAGGGUUGAUGCUCAGUGCAGGGGCAGGUUUCUGAAUACUUUGAACCAUAAUCUCCGGAAAGGAAGGUGGUCACCUGAGGAGGAGAGGGAGUUCAGGGUGCUGCUUGCCAGGCACGGAGUUGGUAGAUGGUCGAAGAUAUCUGCAGGCUUGGUCGGCAGAACAGAAGCUCAGUGUCUGCAUAAGUGGAAAGCACUAACAGGCAUUAAGGCCAAGGAAUGGGCCCAGUCUAAACCUCCAAGAAAGAGCAGGUCAAAACGCAUUAAAAAGAGGAGGCGGGAAACGAGUUCCGAGUCUUCGGAAUACUCAUCUGAGGAUAUUGAAUUCAUGGAGUCGGAGGAAGAGCGGGAGCAGGAGCGACAGAAGCAAGAGGAGGAGGAGGAGGAGGAUUCCAAGGAUGCCGAGGAAGCGGAGCAGGAAAAGCAGGAGGCGAGCUGCUGGAAUCCAGCGGAGUCAUUGGUGCUGGAUGUGGACCGUUGGGUACCGGUUGUUGAAAAUAAGCCAGCGCCAGGCAAGGUGUCUGAAAGCUGCCAGGCUAGCAGCACGGCGCCCGUGAAGGCUGAAGCUCUGAAUCGCCUUGGGGGAGCCAAGGUAAACCAGUUUUGGGGGCGUUUGUCGUGUCGAGCCAGUGCUGUCGCAAAUGCAAGUGAAGCAGACAAGAAAGGAACAGUGAGGGAUCUAGCUGCACAGAGUGGAGCACCAUCCCCAGCGGUUUGCUCCGAAGCAGCUGCGUGCCCAGCAGUGAAAAUCGCCUAUCGGAGACCUGUGCGAUCUCGGAGGGAAAGUAGGAGGACAGUGCGCCAGACCUGCAGGGUCAUUCUGGGGAAGAAGCUCAUUGCAGAGAUGUGUCGUUGGACCGCACCGAAGAUGGUCGAUCGAAGAGAAGCGGACAUUAUACGCGAGAGGCUGGAAGCUACUGGCUUAAGCACUACGCCUGUUUUUACUCUCUUGGUACAGUUGUUUCGGAUCGACAAGGAAGGCUGCAUGCAGAUUCUAAAAAAGAUGAAUCAGGAUGCCCAAGGUUUGUCUGGAAAGGAGCAGUACGGUGAGCGACUGGGGCAAGACCCUUGUGGCCUGCGAUGGAUGAAAGACAGCACCAUCAGCACGAGCAGCAAGGACACCCUGGGCGUCAGUCGGCUUAAACCGGCUGCCCCACUGCCAUUAAAUAAACCAAAAACUGUCCUGGAGUUACUAACCGAAAAGCGCAAAGCCCAGGCAGUUGGUGCCGCCCCCCACUCCAUGGCCUCCCUGGCCCACCUGGCAGAUUCCCUCAGUGAGGAGGCAGGAGGCAAGAAGCGCCCUGUUCCAAUCAAAGUGUACAGGAAGGGGAGGCGUAGACCGAAACAUGGGAGCCAACCUUCACUCCCAGAGGCUGCACCUGACCAGGAGACACCUGAUGCAGCAGGGCAGCCACAGAUACCAGGGGGGCAGGGCUCAACAUCGGACACCCCAGCAACAGCCCUGAGCGACCAGAGCCAGCCAGCUGCUCGUACACGUACACGUACUCGUACUCGUGCCCGUGCUAAACCCAGUGCUGCCAGCACCCAGCGUCGGCUGAUGCCCAUUGCCCCAAUGCCACCAGCUCCAGCCCUGGUGCUACCCAGUGGCACGUUGUUGCAGCUGAUGCUCCCCAACUCCACUGUACCUGUCAUGGCAGUUCUUACCCCUAAUGGUUUGGUGUGUGUCUCUCCAGGCUCACUCCCAGCUCAGCCCAGCCCCAGCCUCCCCCCUCCAGCCGCUGGUCAGGCCGGGCCCUCUGCGUCUCAGCCAGCCAACACUGUGAGCAGCUCCAGCACUACCUCAGUGUCCAGUGUGGCGCUGGGACCGGCCGGUUGUGGCCCUGUCGUUGGUCAGGCAGCAGUUGGUAACGAUGCUGUGACAGUGUCACUCACCACCUCAUUAAACCAGCCUCUGGCAUCCCCUUCACCAGCAAUUCAGCAAACCCCAGUGACUGCUCCCCCAGCUUCAGCCCAGACUGUGGCGCUGACUGCUGUAGCCCCCACUGCCACCAACCUCCGUUUACCAGUGGCCAGCUCCAACAACCCGAAUCUCCCCAGGCACCUUCUCCAGGGAGGAGGUUUAUUGCAGACUGCAAACCCCAUCAUCUUAACGCAGCGUCUGGAGCCCCUGUGCAAAUCACAGCCAACCAAUUACACUGUAGACUUUAGUCUUUUGUCCUGUGAGCAAGAAGCAGUGAUGAGAGACUGGCUGCAAGGUAAGGGUGGUAUACAGGUGCCAGGCAUGCCCACUAGCCUGCCAUACCUGCCCCCCUUCUCUUCCACACUCAGAGUCUUAUCGAACUUGCUACUACACAAGGCGACCUUGGAGCAGAAUCUGUCCGGCUUCGGGCCUCCUGAUGGAGCUGACCCCAAAAACAGACUCAAGGCGGCCCGGGCCUGGGUAGCUGAGCACCUGCAGAAUGAUCCAGCCUACCAGCUCCUGAAGUCACGGUUCCUGUCCGCUUUCACGUUGCCAGCGUUUCUAGCUACACUGCCGCCACAUGGAAACCGGACCACCGUUAACCCAUCGAUGGGAGCCCCCGACUCCGACUCUGAGGAAGCGAGUGAGUGCACAGACACUGAGGGAGCGAGUGAGGACAGUGCUGCAGAUCCUCAGGAGCAGUCUGCAGAUGAAAUGGCUGAAGGAGAGUUACAUCAACCCUUUGAAGUUUCCUUCACGGACCUGUCGUUUGGCAGUAACUUGACAGGCAGCCUGGAAACAACGGAGGAUCAGUCUCCCUCCGAACAGACCGUUACCCCAGAACAAACAGUGGCCCCCAAACGUGGGACAGACGUGGUGCCCAGGUGGAACCUCCGGCCAAGGAAGAAACACUGAGAGAUUCCCCAGGGACAAAAUGGUCAGCUGUCAGCGAAAAUUGAGAGGAAUUCCCAGGUUUAUGGAUCGUUUCCCCUCGUUGUGUUUGGAAGCAGGAACAGUAUGGAGGAGCUUUCCCCUGGAAUACUAACUCGGAUUUGAUGAGCAGACACAGUGUACAAACAGCUGCAGGAAGGGGAUUCAGUCAUUCCUGUCAGGGUUUAGUCAUGAGGGUCGACAGGUAUUUUCUGCAGGUGCAGUCAAUAAUGCUGUUCAGAAAGUGUUACAGAUUGUGUUCUCAUUGUUGUCUCCUUGGACCCUGUUUAAUUGGGUCAGUUCUCAUUGCUGUAGCAAAACACACAUGAUGUUUUAAUAAAGGUUAUUUUAUAAGUUA